AUGAGUGAGAUAAAGUUCAAGUCCAUCAACAAGCUUCAGGGCUCUCGAGUGGUUCUUUUUGGCGGAACCCUUGGUAUUGGUCUUGCUGUCGCGGCCGCUGCCUUGGAGCAUGGCGCUUCUGUCUUUGUCACAAGCUCGAAACAAGCUCACGUCGAUUCGGCCAUAUCGGACUUGAAGCAGUCUUACCCUACGGAGGAAUUUUAUCGGCGCAUUGACGGAGCUGUAUGCGAUCUCGGGUCUGUCGAGACGUUGGAACAGAAUCUCGUACAGCUUUUUGAACGUGCGACCAACGGUAGUACAGAUGGUAUGGAACGACUCGUUGAUCAUGUCGUCUUUACUGCAGGAGAUCUUCUCCAGGUUGUACCCCUCCAAGACUCCACAGCAGAGUCCAUUGUCAAGUCAGGAACGGUCCGUUUUCUGGCUCCCUUGAUAAUUGGAAAGCUCGCCCCACGGUACUUGCGCAUCUCGAAUCGCUCCUCAAUCACGAUCACAGCCGGGUCCAUGGCACGGCGACCGGACAAAGGCUGGUCCGUCCUCGCCGCAUUCGCAUCUGGCCAGGAGGGCAUGCGUCUUGGCAUGGGGAAAGACCUGGCACCUAUCAGGGUCAAUGUGGUAUCCCCGGGAGUCGUGCAGACCCCGCUUCUAAGCCGGUUGUCGGAGGAGGACAAACGGAGAUGGCAAGAUGUUCUCCUCACUGGAGAGUUGGGUUGGCCCGAGGAUGUGGCCGAGGCGUACAUCUACUCAAUGAAGGACCGGUCUGCUACAGGAGCGUUGAUUGACAGUAGUGACGGCCGGAUAUUCAACUGA